UUUCCAAUUGGAGUGCGGACGGUUGUGCAGUGUUUGUGUGGUGGGCAAUUCGAUUUUUCUGAAUUUUUAAGGGCUCCGGCAGUCGAGAUUUUGAUUUUUUGGUCUCGUCAGUGUGCGUUAAGUAAUCAUUUAAAAAUUCUGCAUUGGGCGCAUCGAGAGUUCCCCUUCCGUUUCCGGCGUGCACUUUGUGCUCUUAUAAUCGUGAACUUCCGCAUCCGAGUGCACUGUGCUUUUGUUUAUACGACCUCCGGUCGCCCCACAUUUUCUGGUGAACUUGUGCCGCCGAACGGUGUUGUCAUUGCCCCACCUCCCCCGGAAAAAAUCGAAACUCCCGCACGGUGGGCGUAGUCGGGCGAAUCCAUAAAUUAAAACUUUCUACAAAGUUUGCGCAAUACGAAAGCCAAUAAAUUUUAUAUCUUUGCGGCAGAGUUUUUGGCACUGGAGCUUUUCAAGAAACCAAUUAAAAUUCAGAGGGUCAGCUGAUUCGGGUGUGUGCAACGGCCAAUCCAUCCCACUGUGCAAGCAGUCGGGCGGCAGAAAUUCAUAAAACAACGGCAACAAAAUCGACGAAAUACAGAAAAUAAAAAGAGAGAGCAAGCUUAUUUGGUUUAUUUAAAGACUCGUCUGCACAACAACUACAAUCAGUUAUUAUUCAGUUUAUAAUGUGAGAUACUGCAAUGACAAAGGACCAAGAUCAAGCUAUGGUUGUAAUUUAGCCCAGUAACCACGAAAUCAACAAAAACAAAAAGCGACAUCAGCGUGCGAAUCCGAAGGCUGCUAAUCGAGGACGGAGAUCAUAAAUCAUUAUCAGGCGUCAGCAAGCAGGGCAGCAGCCUCAGCAGUGAUUGAGUUGCAGCACCAGUGUCGAAUUAAUCAUACGCCCCGUUGUCCGCCCCGCCGUCGAUAUGUAUAAGUAUAUGUAUGUGCCUGCCAAUCCGCCUCCAAACCACGCGCCGCGCACUUGACACGUGGAGCGGCAUAAUACCCCGGAGCCGCAGCACCACCUCCUGGAAAACCACUGAGGCCCAGUUUUGUGUUUGAUUUGUGUUCGUUAUCGUCAUUAUUUUUUUUCGUUCGAACUCGACGGGCGCAUCGAAAAGUGUUUGAUUUCUGUGACAACAAAGUACCGCAUGUGGCUGCCAGGGCAAAAUCCGCUUACCGGCAGCAUAAACUGCUACAACAGCAACAGCAACAGCAACAACAACUGCAAGUGCAAGUGCAACAUCAGCAGCAGCAACAGCAGCAACAGCAGCAACUGGCCACAGUUGCCAUCAAUUAUCGCUCAAUAUAUUCUCCGUUGGCCUGUGAUAAACCCCCUAGCGUUCUUAAUGAAUGACAUUCGGUCCAAGUCAUUCUAUCGUGCAGGCAAAGCAACAUCUGCAGCAUCCGCAUCGGCCACGGCCAUUGCUAAGUCGUUCGAUAAUAGCCAGAACAACAAUCCGCGCACAUACAACAACAGCGGCAAGUCGAACAAGGUGUUCCUACACUAUAUACCCCGCGAUCCGCGCCUAAGAAUUUUCAAUAAGACCGCCACCCUGAAUAAACACUCGAAUCGCACCCUGAGCGAGCUAAACAUAACUGAAGAUCUGUGCAAUUAUGGUGAACUGAUUGGCGGCGGCAGUGCUGAAACAGUGAACAUAGUGCUAGUGAAAUCCUAAAAGCCCGCAGAUCACCGAUUUGUUUUUUGUUCGUGUUCGGUUGCGCUGUUGUCGUGCGAAAGGAGCCUUGUUUGGAUAACAAAAAGCUACGCACUGCAGUUGAGCAACAGAAAGGGGGAACAUUCACCUACCGCCUACUUAAGAAAAUUAAUGCUGAAAUCUAAUGCAAAUUGUGUUCACUUCCAAUAAUCGCUU